AUGGUGCGCCCCGGCAUCCCAAUCGAUGCUAGGCUGAGCGCCCGCGACUCCUUAGACCGCCAGGCCGCACACGAUGAAGAUCCUCGGCAUCGUCCUGGGCAGCAUCGUUCUGCUCGCCGCCCUCGCGGCGGUGCCAUCGCCUUCGUGUUCUUCCACUAUGGCCGCGACCUGCCGGAUCACAACCAACUAGCGGCCUACGAGCCGCCGGUGAUGACCCGGGUUCACGCCGGCGACGGGCGGCUGCUCGCCGAGCAUGCCCGCGAGAAGCGUCUGUUCGUGCCUCUCGUCGCCAUGCCGCGCCGGGUGAUCCAGGCCUUCCUCGCCGCCGAGGACAAGGCGUUCUACGAGCAUUUCGGGAUCGAUCCGCUGAGCGUGGCAAACGCGGUGGUCACGAACCUGGUCAAUCUGGGCGGCGACCGCAGGCUGGUGGGCGCGUCGACGAUCACCCAGCAGGUGGCGAAGAACUUCCUGCUCUCGGGCGAGCUCUCCUUCUCGCGCAAGAUCAAGGAAGCCAUCCUCGCGAUGAGGAUCGAGGAUACCUUCACCAAGGACCGGAUUCUCGAGCUCUAUCUCAACGAGAUCUAUCUCGGAGCGGGCUCGUAUGGGGUGGCGGCGGCGGCGCUCAACUAUUUCGACCGCUCCCUCAACGACCUCUCGCUUGAGGAAAUCGCCUAUCUGGCCGCCCUGCCAAAGGCGCCGAACAACUAUCACCCGGUGCGCAAGCGCGAGGCGGCGGUGGGGCGGCGCAACUGGGUGCUCGGCCAGAUGGUCGCGAACGGCGCGGUGGGCGGUCGCCGAGGCCGAGGCCGCGAUGCAGGCGCCGCUCCGCACCAGGGCGCGGGCGCCCGAGACCUUCGUCGAAGCCCCGCACUUCGCCGAGGAGCGGUGUUGGCGGUGGAGCCGGGCCGGGCCGUCAUCGGCUUCGCCAACGGCGAACGCGGCGUCAUCGCGCUCGACGACCUCAAGUGGGCGCGGAAGGCUCGCGGGAAGGGCAGGCUCGGUCCCGAAGUCACCGCGGCCCACCAAGUGCUGAGCGCGGGCGAUGUGGUGCCGGCCGAGCCGCUGGAAGGUCGGGACGGCGCCUUCGCGCUCCGCCAGAUUCCUGCGGUCUCGGGCGCUCUGGUGGCGCUGGACCCGCACACCGGGCGGGUGCUGGCGCUGGUCGGCGGCUUCGACUUCGCCACGAGCGAGUUCGACCGCGCGACCCAAGCCCGGCGCCAGCCGGGCUCGGCCUUCAAGCCGUUCGUCUAUCUCGCGGCGCUCGAUAACGGCUACACGCCGGCCUCCAUCGUGCUCGAUGCGCCGGUGGUGAUCGACCAGGGCGAGCACCUGCGCAAGUGGAAGCCGGAGAACUACACGGAGCGGUUCUACGGGCCCAGCACACUCCGGGUCGGGCUCGAGGAAUCGCGCAACCUGAUGACGCUCCGCGUCGCCCAGGACAUCGGCAUGAAGACCGUCGCCGACUACGCCGCACGCUUCGGGCUCCACCCGGAUCUGCCGGAGGUGCCCUCGGCCGCCCUCGGCUCGCUGGAGACGACGCCGCUCGAUCUCGCCGCCGCCUACGCCAUGCUGGUCAACGGCGGGCGCAGAAUCGAACCGGCUUUCGUUGAGCGAAUUCAGGACCGCAACGGCCGCACGGUCUACCAGCGGGAUGCACGCGAUUGCGACGGUUGCCGGCCUGGCGAAUGGCAGCACCAGCUGCCGCCUGCGCUGCGCGACACGCGCCCCGUGAUCGCCGAUCCACGCACCACGUACCAGGUCGUAUCCAUGCUGGAGGGCGCCGUGCAGCGCGGCACCGGCCGCGUGCUUAGCAAGCUGGGCGCGCCGGUCGGCGGCAAGACAGGGACCACCAACGAGUUCCGCGAUGCUUGGUUCGUGGGCUUCACCCCUGAUCUGGUUGCCGUGGCCUAUGUCGGAUUCGACCAGCCGCAAUCGCUGGGGCGGAAGGAAUCGGGGGGCCGGGUCGCGGCGCCGAUCGUGCGGGACUUCUUCGCCGCGGCCUUGGCCGGCAAGCCGGCCGUGCCCUUCCGGGUGCCGCCGGGCAUCCGUUUUGUGCGGGUCGAGCGCGAGACCGGCUCGUUGCCUGGCCCCGUCAGCGAUGACGUGAUCGUCGAGGCGUUUCUGCCCGGCACCGAACCGACACAGCGGGCCGCGCUGAGGCAGAGCGCUGGCCCGGAUGGCAUGCUGGAAACCGGCGCGGUUCCGUUCGAGGGGUUGGGCGCCGUAUAUUGA